CUUAAAUCCACAAAUACGCGCAACUCACUAAGUUAUAUAUAUUCACGUCGUUGACCACUGAACUUCAAACUCGUAACAACCUCUUUAGAAUUAUCUUGACAUAUUCAAUCAAUCACUCCAUUCAAAAUGGUAAACACCACUGUGUUACUUAAUGCACUGCUUAUCACAGCUACUACUGUGUCUGCUAUCGCUCCUUUGACAGCGUAUCCCUUGGGCCGAUUCUGCGAUCUCAGCAGCCCCAGCACCGGAAGUGGGUCUACUGCAUCUACUUUCACCUGGGAUACCUUCACAGAAAACGAAUGUUAUUCAUUCAACUCCAACAUCUUAUCUCUUCAGACUGGUACCAUUGCUGAGGGCUGCAGUGCAACUUUCUACCGCGACAAUUUUGAUUGCACAGGUGAUUCCUACGUUGUUGAUGACGCCGACGGUGGCAACUGCUUUGGUCUUGGAGGAGAUGUCUUCAGGAGCUUUAAAUUCUUUGCCUGUGGUUCACAAUAAUGCAUCUAGGAUAAUCUUGGAAUAUAGCUCAGCGUCCAUCAUAUAUCUUGUAUGGCGUAAUUGCGACGAUAAACUACCUAACGUACAUAUGGAAGAAUAUAUGAGCUUAUAAGUUUCCGAACGAUUUUCAUAAUUCUACCACGGUCUUAAAAAUAGCCGG